AUGUACCAGAGGGUAAUGGAAACCCUUUGGGUAAUGGACUCGGUCGAGCUAGGCAACUCGACCGAUUGGUCUAGGAGAUGCUCCAAACCGCCAUCAACAAAGACAAGGGAUUGUCCCACCACCUGUCAGAACCACAACUUUGAGAUCAAGCUGGGUAUGAUCAACCUUGUGCAGAACAAGAUGUUCCAUGGAUUGCCAAGUGAAGACCCCAUUGAUCACCUUGAUGAGUUUGAUAGGUUAUGUGAUUUGACAAGAUCAAUGGUGUCUCUGAAGAUGCCAUCAAGCUGA